AUGUCAGCGAUAAGAGGACCUAGGUAUCAGCAGCAACAACGCAAGAAGCCAGUUGUUGAAGAUGAGCUUCAUUCCUAUAUGAUGCCUCUUGAACACCAUGAUGAUAACGAUGGUCACGAAAUGUACUCUAUGCCUUACUACGAAGAAGAAGAAGCACAAGAUGACUAUGAAAGGAAGACACACGCAUUUGAACGAAGCCAACGAGCCAUAAAGGAACAACGUAACAACGUUGCCUUUCGUCCAGAGAGACAUGUUGCACGAAUUGAGAUCACAAAUGGAGAGAAGGAUGGUCGGAAUGAUGUAGAUUGUGCCGAUGACGAACACGCAAGAAAAUCGGUCACAAAGAUCCGAGAAGUGACUGCAGUGCAGAGAAGCUUCUCAGAGCACAGAAACGGGCGAGUGGGGCCCACUACGCGAUCGUCUCCACCACCUCCACCAGCUCCGAACAUGAGGACGCCUGACAAAAUUAAUCUCAACAAAGUAGUGGUAAACGUUCAGAAACAGGAGCUAUCUGUUGAAAGGAAAGGAGACGAGCGCUAUAAGCGCAGCACUGAACCGAAUGGAAGGAAUUCUCCAGCAAAGAAUUCACCUGAAAAGCUUCCACGCUCACGUCAGGACCAUAUGGCAGGGAAGAUGGUUGUAGUCCAUAUGGAGAGAGCUCCUCAGACUCCACCUCUGCGUGCCACUGAGUCCAGAUCAAGUGCAAGUAGAAGACCAUCGACGAAUCCAUUCGCAAAAGGAGCGGAAAACAGACGCGAAAACGAGAGCGAUGUUAUGAACCAACAGGUUCAUAAUGUGCAGGAAGUCGUCCAAAGGAUGAACAGCGGAGACUGGCCAAUAAAGAUCGAUGAGGAAGAGCACGAGAAUAGGGACAACCAGCAGAGAAGGGAACGAGAACCUCCGAGUCAGCGAUCAGCAAGCAGGGCUCAUAAUUGGGAAACUCUCAAAAGAGAUAAACCAAUGAGGGAAUCAGACCGACAGCGAAGCAAUCCGGAACAGGAGCAGCAGAGAGCUGAGCAAAGAAAUCACUUCGAAAAUAAAAACCGAGAAAUUGAAAGGGAGCAACCAAGCCAAGCAGACGAGACUGGCUAUCGCUCGGAUAGCAGUGACCAGUGUGAGCACACAACGGUGUCGACUGAUUCCGCUUUCGCUUCUGAAGGAUGUGUGAAAACUCACCAGCUCGAUAUUCUGGGCUCUCACAAAGUCAGUCCAGGUAGUGCCAAACAUCUUGACGAGGAGGCCAGGAAACUGCUUUUGUACUUCAAAAGCCAUCGCAUGCUGUUGAAUUAUCUAGGAAUUGGUUUGACCGAAACUCUUUGGCACUAUAUAUCUGCUCUUCCAAUGCAGAAUGUGCAUAUCAGCGUUGCUGAGGAAAUAAGGCCGAAUUCACGACCUAUCAAUGGAAAUGCAGAAGCAUAUGUGUCGUCUCACACAGCUCCAUCGCGAAAGUCACCACCCCCAGGCAACAAGAGUCCUAGGCUUGUAGCGCUAGAGCGGCAACUGCGAACUGAUGAUUUGGCUAACGAAUUCGCAGAGAGGAGCAGAGGGUACUCGAGCGACGGUGAGGGGAAGCAAUCGGAAGCAAGAGGGGGUCGAUUUGUCAAGAAAUCUGCCGCUGCUCUGAUUGCUAAGAAACAAGGCUAUGCACUGCAAAAUGGCACAGACGAACCUAACUCAUCAGAAAUCGUUGAUCCUCGUAUAGCGAGUGAGAUUCGAGCACUUCGAGAAAGAGAAGACGAAUUGCGAAGAAGUAGAACGGAACUAGGCCUCCCAACUUUGGAUGAUGUUAUGAGGAAGUUCGAUCAUAGAGCUUUCACACAGACCAAUCUGCGCAGCGCUCGCUCCUACGACCAACUUCACCAGAUUGGGAACGAAGGCUACUACUUUCGUACAGCUGAGCUAAUCGGUGCAAUGUUCUGUGCCUACCCUUCUCCCACAACACAUCAUUCCAGCAAUCAGCAGAAGAAGAAAGAAGUCAAUUUCUUCGUUCUUCUUCCAUUCAUAACUCCACCAAAAUCAACAGGAAAGGCAACCAACAAUUUCGUGAAGAAGGCAGCAGCAGGAGCGAGGAAAAGGAAAAAUCGCGCGAGCAACAAAGAAGAAUGUGAGUAG